GCGGCGCGGCACCCGACGCCUCCGUCAUGAACCUCAUCUCGGCGCUGGAGUCGCGGGCGCCGCAGCCGGGGCCCUCGGCCUCCUCGCUGCUCUCCCAGUUCCGCACCCCGUCCUGGCAGACCGCGAUGCACACGCCGGCGCCCGCCGAGCUCUUCAUCUCGGGCGCGCUGCCCGGCUCGGGCACGUUCCCAUCGUCGUCGGCGCUGAGCGCCUACCAGCACCCGGCGUCGUUCGGCGGGCGCAGCUUCCCGGUGAGCUCCUCGCUCGACGCCGCCUUCAGCCCCGGCUCCAACGGGCUGCUCUCGCCGCACGAGCCGCUGCUGCACAUCAAGCCUGCGCAGGGCAGC